GCUUGCCAACCUCCAACAUCUCUUGUAGUUUCCUCUCGUCGAAAGACCGGAAGUUAUGACUUCAACGUACACAGAGAGAUAUAUGGACUAUGAUAGAGGUCGUUCUGACCGCCCUCAGCGAGGUCCUGGCCCUUAUGAACGAUCAACGUCGCGGUCUUCGUAUCGCUCCCACAGUCGUGGCUCUUAUACUUCAAAUUCUCCAUAUUCACGUUCCGUGUCGCGUUCUCCUGACCGGUCCGAAACUACCGUCUUUGUAGAGAAUUUAACACGGAAUGUUACGCGUGAGCAUAUUGCAGAAAUAUUUGGAAUUUAUGGUAGAAUAAAUUCAAUUGACAUGCCUCUCUAUAGGAAAUCUAAAUCAAACAUGGGUUUCUGCUACGUUGAUUAUUCUUAUCCAGACCAGGCUCUGAAUGCUGUUGAUAAAAUGAACAACGGUGAACUAGACGGCGAAGAGUUGUUUCUUUCUCUGAAGCGACCCGAACGAAGAAAUAACAGAAAUAGAUAUUCCAAAAGUUCAGAUAAUUCUUACCGCCCAAAUCGGUUUGAAAACAAUCCCCGUUAUAGAAGGGACAGAAGUCCUUCAGAAUCUCCAAGAAGUCUAAGUCCAAACCAUAGUAGAGAUUCUAUGGGAUAUGCCUACUAUGGAAACAGGUGAAGUGUACUCUUUGCCUACUUUGUUAAUUCCCUGUUCUACUGAGUCAGAAUAGGCCUUACAUGCUAAUUUAGUUAAUUUGGGAACCUAUAUUAUUAUUAUUUACACGUCGCAUUAGUUGUAUAUACUCUAAUCGAAAUGAAACCAAUUUUUAAUUAAAUGAACGAUGCUCAUAAA